AUGACAGCACCUGCAGGCCAGUUUCUCGCCGGUAAGCGCAUCAUCGUCGCCGGCGGCAGUUUCGCGGCGCUUUCGUUUAUACUUGCUCUCGAGCAGCUAUGGGACACCUCCCUCGAGCGCCCCAAAGUCAUCUUGUACGAGCGAGAUGACCGGGACAAGUCUAUCGGAAAAGAUCCCUACAUGCUGAACAUCAAUGGAGCCAGCCGGAACGACGGAUUAAUCGCUAUUCAGCAACUCGGAUUACUAAAUGAGGUCCGCAAGCAUGCGUCACUCAAUGGCGGCGACAUUCGCGUCUGGGCCGACAACUGGAAGUGGCUCUCGUCCAUCAAUCCCACCGCUUAUGGCAGCCUGCCCGCAGCCACUAUGCGCGUCACACGCGCGGACCUCAAGCGGAUUCUGGUGGAAAAGGCCGAGACGACGACUAGAACAACGCUGAACUGGGGGUCGGCCUGCACAUCGGCCGAAAGGCUUCCCAGUGGAGAGAUCCGAGUCACCAUCUCGGACGGCGCAACACAGGACUGCGAUCUGCUCGUUGCCGCGGAUGGCGCAAAUAGCACUAUGCGAGCUUGCUUCCGCCCCAACGACAUGAAGACCGAAUAUGCCGGCGCAUCCCAGAUUGGUGGCAUCUCGCGUCUUCCGGGCGGAGUGCCCAAGCCUAUUGACAAGGACUACGGCCUCCAAAUGUCUUCCGGCGAGGGAGUCUGCUGCAUCUACAACCCUUUUGACAAGGAAACGGUUGCCUGGGCAGUCAGCACCGUCGGACCAGAAAGAGAACCCAAAACCGACUUCACCGUAGCAGAGUUCGAAGACUUGAAAAAAGAAGCCCUCGAGACGGCUUCCAUGUUCCAAGAACCCUUCAAAACAGUCGUCGAAGCAACAAUGCCAGAUACCGCGUUCAUCCGACCCGCCAAGGAGAAAUUCGCUUUCCAACAUGAUGCUAGCUUAAAGGGCGUCAUGUUUAUUGGCGAUGCUAACCAUAUCCUCAGCCCCUUUGAGUUUGUCGGUGCAAAUCUAGCGCUGAAGGAUGGCUGGGACUUGGCGGAGCAGAUCUGUAGCAAUACUUCCAUGGAUGCUGCGACUGCGUCCUAUGACCGGGUCAGUAUAUCUCGCUUCGAGCCUGUUUUCAGCUUUUCACAUGAGCGCAUUGGGUUUGGGCAUUCUACGGGGAAGAAGUGGUUGUUUUAUAAGUACGGUAUGGCUGCCCAGAGGGGGUUGAAGCAGGUUCACUAG